GGUAUGGAUAAACACUCAACUCAAGAGCUUCUUCUUUCAAAUGGAAAUCUCCAAACGACAGAUUAUGUUAGUAAAGAAGCUGUCGUUUUCUCUUUAAUACUCAAAUGGAUUCUUAAGAUUGCAAUGUUGGCAGCUUUCAUUGCUUGGCUUACUGUUGUUUUCAUGUAUCCGAUAAAAUCAUUUCAAACAUGGCUUAAAAAUUGGAAUCAAGCCUUUGCUGAUUCUUUUCUUGGCUUUACAGGAGGUGUAUUUCUGAUAUUCAAUGGGCCACUCAUCAUUAUUGCAUUACUUUCUAUAAUCAUUAUUGCAUUACUUUCUAUACCAUACCUUACCCUUUGCUCCAGGGAAGAGGAGCUCCAGAAGAAAGAGGGAGCAAAAGGAAGAGGUCAUAGACUGUGGACAUCCCCAGUUGUUGUGGAUGGACCUUUUGUUUCUGCUGCAGAGUUUAUUGGGAUUCUAGUCUUUCUCGGAUAUAUCGCGUGGGUUGCUUGCAUUUACGCUGUGCAGAAGAUUAGUGUCAUUUUUACGAAUCCUGAGUAUACUAUUGAAGACAAAUGGUCAUGGACGUUUCGAAUGUCGGCACGUGGAUUUGGAUUGGCAGGGAUAUUCUGCUUGUCAUUUCUGUUUAUUCCGGUGGCGAGAAGCUCGCUUCUCCUCCGCCUUGUAAAUAUCUCAUCGGAGCAUGCCAUUAGAUACCACAUAUGGCUUGGCCAUCUCUGUAUGCUUCUCUUUACUUUCCAUGGUCUCUUUUACGUAAUUGGAUGGUUCAUGUCUGGAGAAAUUCCCUCUGAACUAAUAGCAUGGGAUGCUACAGACAUUACAAAUACAUUUUUUAAUAUUUUUUUCCUUUUAUUUUCAACAAAAGUGGCUAACAUCGAGCUCUUUUACUACGCUCACCAUCUCUAUAUUAUAUUCAUUAUAUUCUUGGCAAUGCAUGUCGGCAACUUUUUUAUGUGCAUACCAGCCGGAGCCAUAUUUCUUUUCAUGGUUGAUCGUUUUCUCAGAUUUUGCAAUUCUCAGAAAACUGUUGACGUCGUUUCAACGAAAUGCUUCCCUUGCGGAGUGGUAGAGUUGGUUCUGUCAGCUCCUACUACUACAGGUCUAAUUAACUAUAAUGCUAUGCUCUCAGCUCUCUUUUCCUUGGCAUUCCCCAAUCUUGGCAUUCCCCAAUUAUCUUUGCUCCAAUCGCAUCCUUUCAGUGUGUCGUCUAGUCCUCUGGAUGGUAAAAAUCGCAUAUCUCUUCUCAUCAAAGCUGCUGGAGACUGGACAAAUGGACUUAAAGACAAUGUUGAGACUAAUAAUAAGAUUAGAGCUUCUGUUGAAGGGCCUUAUGGUAAUCGGUUACCAUACCACUUGAUGUAUGAAAAUCUUGUUUUAGUAGCAGGUGGAAUUGGGAUAUCGCCAUUCAUUGCCGUUCUGAGUGAUGUUAUUCAUCGUAUUAAUCAAGGAAAGCCAUGUCUUCCGAGAAACAUUACUCUUGUUUGGCCGAGAAACAUUACUCUUGUUUGGGCUGUGAAAAAGUCAGAUGAGCUUUCUCUUCUUUCCACAAUUAACACGAACUCACUUGUUCCUUUACCUUUUGAUGUGCUUCAUCUCGAGAUACUUAUUUAUGUCACUCGAGAACAAGAAUCUCCAAUGGAAAUCGGAGCAUUGUACGAGACUGUGAGAUCUGCCUCUUCUAUCUCUUCUUUCUCCAGUGGGAAUGCCAUAUCUGCUCUAGUUAGCACAGGGAAUAAAACAUGGUUUGGAGCUUAUGUGAUAUCCUCAACAGUUGGCUUGGUCCUGUUAACGACUUUACUAAAUGUCUUUUAUAUAACCCCAUUUAAUAUAACUAAUUGGGCUUGGUGGCAUCAAGGAUUGCUUCUUCUAGCCUGCAUGGUUGGCGGUGUUGUAAUCUUUGGUGGUGCUGUGGUUGCUUUAUGGCAUAUCUGGGAGAAGAGAAACUUAGUAAAGAUCAAUGGCGGACAGGGAAAUGAACACACAGUAAACGAGGAUUCAUUUUUGGAAAAGCUUGCCGGCUCAACUACUGUUCAGUACGGUUCAAGACCAGACUUUAAAGAAAUUUUUGGAUCCAUAUCUAAGCUCUGGGGAUUUGAUGUGGGAGUGAUAGUAUGUGGUCCUCCAAAUCUGGAGUCAAGUGUUGCUGCAGAAUGCAGAUCAAUUAACAUGUGCAGAAAAUCCGAUGAUCCGGUUUUCCAUUUCAACAGUCACUCUUUCAGUUUUUAGUUUCUAUUUCCUAUUUUGUUGGGACUACAAACAUCCAUGUCUCUUUUUAGCAAUAAUGUCUGAUAAAUGAAUCUAAGUGCCCAAUAAUGUCUGAUAAAUGAAUCUAAGUGCAGAUGAAAGCAAAA